GAAUCGGGACACCUGGCCAUUACACCCACAGGAAUUUUUGUGACAUCUCAUUCUAAAUCCAUAGGAAUUGGAUAUGGAGUUGGUCCCCCCUUUGCGACUAUAAUAGCUGCCACUCUUCUGAGAAGGCUUUCCAUAUAUCAAGACAUGUUGGACAAUUCUAUGCUUCCAAAUUUGUGGGAACAGUUUGGGGAAGGCCCUUUGGUGUUCCAGCAUGACUGUGUCCCAUUGCUCAAAGCAAGGUCCAUAAAAAUAUGGUUGGGAGAGUUUGGUGUGGAAGAACUUGACUGGCCUCACUGAGCCCUGACCUCAACCCCAUCGAACACCUUUGGAAUGAUCCAGAACGGCGAUUAUGAGCCAGGCCUUCACAUCCAACAUCAGUGCCUGACCUCAUGAAUGCUCUUCUGGAUGAAUGGGCAAAAGUUCCCACAGACACAGUCCAAAAUCCUGUGGAAAGCCUUCUCAGAAGAGUGGCAGCUGUUAUAGCUGCAAAGGGGGGGGGCGGGCAACUCCAUAUUGAUGCCUAUGGAUUCAGAACGGCAUGCCAUGAAAGUUACUGUGGGUGUAAUAGCCAGGUGUCCCAAUACUUUCGUCCAUAAAAUCUACCUUGCAGACAUUUCUGUAUUUUUGUCGUAACUUUUAAUGCAUCACAUUGUUAUGCAGUGUCUUAUCAUGCCAUUAUGCAUACAUGCGUGAUUGAAAGUGAUAGGCCCAAAGUUUACAAAUGUUUACUGACAGUUUAUCGAUGCGUUUUAUAAAGGUGACUUCACUGACGUUCAUUAUCUUUAAUCUUUCAUUAUUUUUCUGUGAAUAUUGAAUGUGAAAAGUGAAUAUUGUAAAGCAUCCCUGAUUACCUGUGUUCAAGUGUUUUGUUGUUUUUAUUGCUUUCUAAAAAUAAUAAUAAUAAAUAAUUCACGGAGCAAUAGAAACGCCUAGAGUGCAUCCCAUGAAGACAAAGAGAAUUCCCUUUACACUAUCUGCCAUAAUUUGAUUUUCAAGCAUUAAAGAAAAUGCAUAAUAUAAUGAUUGUGAUAUUAGGCAAAAAAUAUAUAUAUUUCCUUUUUUGUUUUCAUCCAGUCUAAUAAUCAAUCUAAUCCCUGUCUUUUUAUAGAAUUGUAUUGGACCCAUUCUCUCUUACAGGGCACCAGUAACACUUUAGUCCCCUUCUCAUGUCAUUAGAGAUUUUACCCAAACAUCUGGAAGAUGAAUGGAUGGAUAUUAUCCAGAUGAAUAACAGAAGCACUCCAAGGCACUUUAGAAAAAUGGAAUGCAUCCUUCGCAGCAGACUAUGCAUCAUCCUAUGGGACAACAUGUGCACGCAGCUGAGAAUGCUUUGUCAGAACAUAUCGAUUACGCCUCUAUCUGACUUAUAAUAAAUGGUUAUAAUAAAUGUUUUCUUUUUUUAAAUAGAUUUCUACACUCAAGAAAUCUGCUUUAACUGUUGCCCAGAAUAUAACAUAUAAGUUAAUCAUGUGUUUCCAGAUCAUAUUUGUGUGUACAAUAUAUAAAAUAUAUUAUCUAAAUAUUUUUACAGAAUCUGUCUAAUUGAAUGCUUACUCAACAUUCUGGAUUUUUUUUUUCUUUGGGGGGGGGAGUUACCUGUACAGUUUUUUUUUUGGUGUUUGAAAUGUUUGAUAACUUUGACAUGAGACAUAGUCUUGAGAAAGUUAGGCAUGUUACAAGAAAUGUGCCAGAGCAACUAUGAAAGAUUAAAACACACUUCCCCAAGUUUAUUUAUGCCAUGCUGAGAAGCAACUUGCCGGAGCAACUCACAGCUUAAACGUCAUGGAUUCAAGCAUACUACUGCUUUGCUGAUUAAAACUAAAACGCUCCUAGAAAUCACGUCUUUCAAUUCCGUUUAGCGAGCGACUUCAACCUGCCUUUGAUUAAGAUUACAGUAACAGACUCUAAUUGUUGAAGUGGUUUGAGCAGCUUAUGGAUGCAGUGGCGAUUCCGUUUUUAUGAUUACAGUUUUAGCAACUGAAAAGACACACAGUAGAGAGGGCAGCUGCCCCUUCUUGCCCCCCGUGUCAAUCCACCCCUGCCUAGUAUGCAUGUGUGCACUCGGUAAUGGCCGGGAGUCCCGUCUAGGUGUACCCCAGCUUUUGUCAGUGCAUUUGUUGUUUGUACAACAUGGGCAGUUGAUAUUAUUUAAGCAAAUUAGGUAGAGAGCAGAGAGAAACUGCAAGAUAUAGAUUAUAUAUGAGAGAUAUGUGGAGUAUGUGGAGAAGCAUCCAGACCAUUACGGACUACAAGAAGCGUGAUUCGCUGACAAAUCACGAUGAAUCACUUCCUGAUGCCCUGAACCGAUUUUUUGCACGCUUUGACACCCACAACAACAAUGAGGGCACUCAAAUACAUCUGCCACCCAGGGAGGAGUCGGCGCUUGUUUUACAGCCCCAACAGGAAGCUAUAAUUCCCACAUGCCUCAAAACCACUACCAUCAUCCCAGUGCCCAAAAGGCAAGCAGUCACAUGUCUCAACGAUUAUCAUCCUGUUGCUCUAACACCGAUUGCCGUGAAGUGCUUUGAGAGGCUUGUUCUCGCGCACAUCAAGGCCAGCAUUCCCACUGAUCUGGACAGCCAUCAGUUUGCUUACCACGGAAACAGGUCAACAGAAGAUGCAAUUUCAGUUGCACUUCACGCUACCCUGUCUCAUCUGGAGCAUCCCGACACACACGCCAGAAUGUUAUUUAUUGACUUCAGCUCCACCUUUAACUCAAUAAUCCCUCACAAACUGAUUACCAAGCUCACCAACCUGGGGCUAACCACCAGUAUCUGCUCAUGGAUUCUGAACUUUCUCACCAACAGACCACAAAAUGUCAGGGUGGGAAACCGCAUAUCAUCCACUCUCACACUGAGCACAGGAGCACCACAGCGCUGUAUCCUCAGCCCAGCCCUUUUCACCCUGUUCACACACAACUGCACACCCAUCCGCACCUCCAACACCAUACUGAGAUUUGCAGAUGACAUCCCCGGUAGUGGGACUGAUAACAGGAGACGAUGAGAACCACUACAGGGAGGAGGUGCAAGACCUGGUACAGUGGUGCUCAGACAGCAACCUUGUCUUGAAUGCAUCCAAGACAAAGGAGAUUGUUAUGGACUUUAGGAGAUCCCGGAAAACGACACCCCCCCUCCACAUAAGUGGAGAGGGUUAACAACAUCAAAUUCCUGGGGAUCUACAUCUCAAAGGACUUGAAAUGGACUGUUAACACCUUUUACCUGGUGAAGAAAGCUCAACAGAGACUUUUCUUCUUAAGAACACUCAAAAAAGCCAGACUUCCCACUCAGCUCCUUGUUAACUUUUACAGGAGCAUACUAGAGAGCAUUCUCUGCUACGGGGCUACAGUGUGGUACUCCAGCUGCACUGCAGAGAACCAGAUAGUUAAGAUUGCGCAGCGGAUUGUGAGUAUCAAGUUCCCCGAUUUGAACGAUGUUUAUGCUAGCCGACUAUGUAGGAAGGCUAGCAACGUCAUCAAGGACCCCACCCACCCGGCUUACAAACUGUUUGUCCACCUCCAAUCGGGCAAAAGAUUCAGGACCAUCAAGUCACGAACAAACAGACGGAGGAACAGCUUUUUCCCGAGAGCAGUGGCCUCCGUCACAACCCUUCCCACUAGAGAACACUGACCAUUAAAUCACUUCCACACCUCUGUAUUGCUGCUGAUAUGCACUUGGUCACUUUACAUCACAUUGACUUGUAAAUACCUAUAAUCUGUAAAUAAUUUUAGGAUUUUUUUUUAAUAUUGUAUGUUAUUAAUAGUUAUCUUAGGUUUUAUUCAUAUUUAUACCAUGUCUACGAGACUGUAUUCUGUAUUAAUGUGGUACAUUAAUGUACCUCUUUGCUGCUGAGCCGUGAGCUACCAAACAAAUUUAGUUGUAUUUCUGAUACAAUGACAACAAUAGGGGGUGGGGGUUCUGUCAUGACCUGCUUGUACGAUCCUCCUGUGUGCCACGCCCCCCCAUCAACCUCGUGUGAAUUCCUGAUUCUUAUCAG